UUGUUCUUUUCAGGCAUAUCGAUGAAGUGCACAUUGGAUCAUUAUGUAUACAAAGUAGCACGAAAUGUCCCGAGGGGUUCCGGCAUGGUGCCUCCAACACAAGCAGAUACAACAACCUUUCAUGUAGGACUUACAUACGUAACGUUAAGUCCUCAACGCCAUUUUUGACACCGUAAGUGUACUAAUGUUAUUAAUAGAUUCAUUGUUACACUUCUGUGUAUCCUGGUAGACAGACACGAGUAAGAUCACAAGCUUUAACCGUGUACGAGUCACAGCGUUUUGUGUUCGGCCCCGGAGCACUAAUGGUUGUGUAAAGCAAAAUCUCGUUGUGUGAGAGAGAGAUCUAAUCAGGCCAUGCAAACAACAGCAUUUGCAAAAAUCAAUCGAAAAACCAUUGUGAGAAAAUUGCAUGGGAAACACAACGCACGGGCGAGCCCAGUAUAGAUUGAACACCGGCUAGCACAGUGAUUCCAGCGAUCUGAAAAGGCAGACAGACAACUUGUUCAACCGGUGUUGACCCGGGUCAACAUACUGUUGGGAAGGCGUCGUCGGGACCACACUUCUACUACUAACUGCUGCACUAUCAGACAGAGGUUGUCUCGUGGACAGGGUCUCGUUGCAAGUGUAUCCAUGACGGUGUGAAAGGACAUUGUGACGUGACAAUUGUCUUCGCGUCGGAACGUGCACAGAGCCGUUCUGUUCGACACUGACUGAAGCCUAUUUUUGAUUCGGGACUAGAGGAACAAGUACAGCGAUAUGUCACAGGACAAGACUGGAACAGUGUCAUGGCUAGAGACCACGUUCUACGGACUGGGCAUGCUUUCUGGCGCCCUGUUCAUAACAGUGAUGAACACUUACAACAACGUGUUUCUGGUGGAAGUGGCACAGGUAUCAGCCCGGUACGCCACGGUGGUUGUUUUCAUCAGCAGGUUUUGGGACGUCAUCUCCAACCUGAUCGUGGGGAAGUUCAUCUCCUCCACAAACACACGGUUCGGCAGGAUGAGACCAUGGAUCCUGGGAUCGGGAUUGCUUCUCGUUCCCGUGUACUUCCUGUGUUGGUACGUCCCGCCCAACAUGCCGGAUAUCGUGAAGAUGUUCUAUUAUCUCGUGCUGUGUUCCGCCUUCGUGUUUCUACAGACGGCUAACAACGUCUCUUACCGGACCCUGGUGAUGUACAUGUCUGAUGACGAGAACGAGAGAAACAGAGCCACACUCAUAAGAGGUGUUAUGGAGCUGGUUUCUGUAGUCCUGGGGAUCGCCCUGCACGGACAAGUCGUGGAAGCCUUCGACACAGUAGAUAAUAAGGCGUGUAGACCGGCGAACAGUACUGACAACAGUACACAUUACAUAGACCCGGAGGCACUGCAGGACGUGAAAAAUGGUUAUCUGAUUUCUGCCGGGGCCCUCUGUGUUAUAUCCCUGCUCGCAACCCUCAUGGUCACGUUUGGAGUUAAGGAGAGAAGAGAUAUGGAAAGGGAAAACGAGCAAAAUACAGACGAAAACUUCCUGAGGACUCUGAAAGGCGUGGUGACGUUUCGUCCGAACGUCUACUUCCUGAUCUAUGAUGUCUGUCUAUAUUCUCCGACUGUGAUCUACGCAGGAGGCGCAGCCAUCUAUCUACAAUUUUCACUCGAUCUUCAGCACCAAGUGGCAAACAUUCUUUUGAUCACAGUGAUAUCUACCGUCGUCGCCCUGCCAGCGGUCGGUUUACUUGUGGACAAAUGCGGAAAGAAGUCGGUGUACAUAGUCAUGGUGGCGCUGACCAUCCCGUUCCUGAUGAGUGCCGCGUUCGUCCCGCCCAGGAACCUCGCCGUUACCCUGGUACUCAUCAUCUUAAUGGGAGCCCUCAUGUCCGCCAACAGCUACAUCCCGUGGACCAUGCUGUCUGAUCUCGUGGACGCGUAUCAGCUGCAGACGAACCAGCGGCUGGACACCCUGUUCUUCAGCAUGUAUCUGCUCAUGUGUCGGCUGGCUUCCGUCCUGGGACAGGCGGCGACAACCGUCGCACUGGUAAUCGGCGGCUACGUAACUGGUCAGUGUACUCAGCCCACGUCCGUCGACACGUCACUUAGAAUUCUGAUGUCUGCCGUUCCCACUGGAUUGUCUCUGAUUGGUCUAGGGUUUCUAAUUAUUUAUCCAAUCAACGAGCGGGUAAUAAAGGAAAACAAGGCGGCCUUAGAAGAAAUGACUGCUUCUCUUCAAGAAAUGAAGGCUCCCAUUGCGAGUAAAUGAGACCUACAGUAACUAAAGGAAAGGAGACCAUCCUACAUUACACCCUGGACUACUUGUAAACUUUAAACGUUUGACAUGUUUGAUGUGAAUCAAAUGUAAAGAGAUCGGAGGGAAUCGAGGGUUAGAAAAUGAUUGAAUUAGAUGGGGAGUUUUCUGUAUCUGUAUUGGUAUAGCCGGUAUAACCGCCCUACGGCGUAACACACCAGCUUCGCAGG